GCCCGCGAUACGCCGCCAUUUUUGUUUUGCUUCAAAAGAUUAAGAAAAUUAAAUAUUUGUUGCUCUUGAAAAGGGGCAAAGAUGCCUCUUUUCGAUAUUAUUGGACUGGGUGGAGAGAAAUUUGCUGUUAUAAUUGAUAUUGGAUCGGCGUAUACCAAGUGUGGUUUUGCAAAAGAGUCAGCGCCGAGGCACAUAAUACCCAGUACUAUAACGCAUACAGUUAAUGGAACGACAAGAACAGAACAUGUCAUCAGUGAUGAUGAGAAAAGAAACCCAGAUGAACUCUAUGCCAUACUUAGGGAUUUUAUUCAUAUGAUAUACUUCAGAUACCUACUUGUCAAUCCAAGAGACAGAAGAGUUGUGAUCUGCGAAUCAGUUUUAUGCCCUACUUUGUUCCGAGAAACAUUAGCUCAAGUUCUCUUCAAGCACUUUGAGGUGCAGUCAGUAUUGUUUGCCCCCUGUCAUCUUUUAAGCCUUUUCACUCUUGGUGUACCUACUGGUCUGGUGGUAGACUGUGGCUACAAUGAGUCUCUUAUAUUACCAGUCUACGAGGGAAUCCCYAUUCUUAAAGCUGUUGUAGGAAUCCCCCUUGCAGCCAAAGCAAUACACAAGUAUCUGGAACAGCAACUCAUGGAUAGAAGUUUGGUGCAGAUUGAAAAGGGAAUAAAACCACUCUCAUCUGUCAUAGGUGCACUUCCAGAUGAAAUUCUAGAAGAUAUCAAAGUGCGCACCUGUUUUGUGGCGCCCAAAUUCAGUGGUCCAAAGGAUGAGCCCCGCCCUGCAUCCAUGGUACCCCAAGUGGAUUACCCUCUUGAUGGUGGAAGAAUAUUGAGAAUAGAAGGACAAAUCAGAGAACAAACAUUUGACAUCUUGUUUGAUGGUGAUGAAGAAGAGAAGUCUAUUGCUACAGCCCUGCUUGAUUCACUAUUACAAUGCCCUAUAGAUACUCGCAAGCAAUUAGCAGAAAAUAUUGUGUUGAUUGGAGGAACAGUUAUGACACCAGGCUUCAAGCAUCGCUUGAUGCAAGAGAUUUACAUCCUUCUUCAGUCUCCACAAUACAAUAACAAGCUGUUUAUCAAAACUGUCAAGAUGCAUACCACUCCAGUUAAUGCCAACUGUGCUGCUUGGCUUGGAGGUGCUAUAUUUGGUUCACUGGAAGUACUGGCUGACCGAUCUGUUCUAAAAGAACAAUAUGCGCAUGACAAGAAGAUUCCAGACUGGUCCCAGUGUGACAUCACAACAGAAACUGCUCCCCCAGCUGAAGAGCCACAAAGGCCUACUCUCUCCAGACGACAGACUAGUGGGAUCACCAGUACACUAAGCAGUCUAAGCAGCAAGCUGUCCAGUCACAUACUCAGCUCUGGAAGCAGUCGCCUUGGUUCUCCGCUAGGAAGCAGUAGGUUAGGAUCUUCUCCAUCAGGCUCUAGCAAGAGUAGCAUAAAGGAAAGUCCAGCCGAGGAAAAGAAAGGAGAGUAAUGUUAGAUAGAUAUUAGAAAACUUUGUGGGUUUGUUUAUAAAUAUUCAAAUUAUUUAUUCAUUUGUAGAACUGUCAUAUCCUAAUAUGGGACUCUAGUGCAUGUAUGAGCUAUGACCAGUGCCAGUGCCGAAAAACCAAUUGUUGCAAACUGAAGAAAAUCUGGGGUCAUGGAUCGAAAUGUCUGGAAAUAUUUCUUGAAUCCUAAGCCCUACACAAUAGAUUUCAAGUAUUAACUGYCAUAUUCUAGAUUUCAUGUGAUUAUUUCCAAACAAAACUUUAUGAUAAGAUAUAACUUUAGUGGAAAAGAAAAGUAGGAAAUCUUUCAGAGAUGGAAAGAAAGGAAUGGUUUUAAUCUAUAAAAUGAUUGUCAUUUUAUGCCUCCCUUAACCUUGCCAUAAAUUUAGUAUCCUUGGUUCCCUAGGGUUACUAGUGUUAAGAAAAUAUAUUAGGGGGAUGGGGUAGGAACUAGAAUAUUCCCCAGCCACUUAGAAAACUUCUUGCAAUCUUGAUCCCAAGAGGAUAAUGUUUUAUAGUAUUUUAAUUUUAGUUGGGCUCUACUAAAGUAGCUAAUAAUAUUAAUAAGAUAGUUUAAUAGUAAUGUAUUUUAAAUAAUUUGGCUGAUGUAAUAAAU